GCUGUAUGAGAAAUUCGCCUUUGUCAACACAGUUGCUGUCAAGCUUCUUGUCGUUCCAGCUGCAGACAGUGAUCUCAUGGGAUUUGUUUGAUUGGCAGGGGAUCUGAUUACGAGAUUGCUCUAGUUGGACAUUGUUGGAGUGUUUAGAAAAUCCCGUCAGUCUUAGAUGAGUGCUUGUCUCGGAGUAGUAAUUUUGUUUGCGAGUGACACACAAUGGACACAGAUCCUGGAAUACUCUGCUUCCAGCAUUGUGGGCCAGUGAAUAUUUUCUGUUUUGAGCUGCCCCUGCAAUGCCCCGUGUGUGGUGUUCCCCUGGCCACUGCCAAUUUCCGACUGCUCCCAUUUAGAGUUCCUUAUCCAUUUGUGCGAGCCACACAGCAUCCAUGUUCUAUUGUCAUCAAGCCAACUACAGGAGAUUUUCUCAAUGAUUACUUCAACUCCAAGGAUCUGCAUAUUGGUGUGACUGAUUCCAAAGGAAUGGUUGUGGAAUUUGAUCGUGGUGGGCUUCAACAGGCUGACGCUCACCUGUGGAAGCAAUGCCUGGUGCUGGAUGGCGCGGCAGGACCCUGGAGUGAUCAUUGGGACAGUACUUUAGCGCAUGUUGCUCAUCAAGACUGUUGGACAGCUGAAAGGUACAAUGAAGCUGAUUUCAACUGCUACACCUUUGUCCUGGCCUUUCUGCGCAGCCUAAGGUAUGGUCGCCUCAGUGAAGCUGCCAUUAAUCGCACAGAGUUCUGUGAGAAGUUCAUCAUUCCUCGUACAACAGCAGCGGGCAAAUAUAUCUCCCUUUUCAGAAAGUUACGUCAAAGCCAGAACCAGUGUUAUGUGCAUAAAAUGGUUCAGUCUGCAUUAGGCACUACCCCACAGGUUGCCAUUUCGGCCAGAUGACAGUAAUUUUGCUCUUAUUUGUGGAUAUAACUUUUUCAAUAAGAUACUAUUCUGUGAAACAUCUUGUCAUUUGUCUGCUUCCGUUUAAGGACAGCAUUAAGAUUUUGAGAUUAAGAAUGCCGGCUAUUUGUUGGAGAAGGGGCAGUUGUAUGCUUGCAUCAACAGCCUGUGUAUAUUUGUUCAUAAACAUUAGUUUAGAGUUACUCCUGCGAUCAACAGAGGAUUUCUACAAAUUUGACAUCAGGAAUUGUAUCAGAAGACGUGUACUACCUUGACUCACUGAUCAGUCAGAAUGGUCAGGCCAAACACUAGGUAAUAAAAUUUCUCAUGUUUAGAUAGAAAUAAGGCCAAGGAAAAUAUAAAACAAACUGAUUUAA